GGUGACUGACAACAUCUUCGGUUACCGACAGGUGGAGUUGCUGUUCCUGAAUGGUCUAGUCGAAGGAUUGGUGACCAGCCAGCUCGGCUAUUCUUGCGGACAGGGAGUAGUUACUCCGUGCGCUCGUAUGAUCGUAUAUAGACCGGCCAUCGCAGACCUCAGAGACCAAUUCCCCCCGCGCUUCAGACACCUUCGCAACCAUGCAUUUCUCCCUGGCCCUCGCCCUGCUGACCCUCUCUGCCCAUGCGAUUAACAUCGUCUCUUCCAACGAUGAUGGUUGGGCUGAGAUCAACAUCCGCGAGCUCUACGACUCGCUGACUGCUGCGGGCCAUUCGGUGGUGAUCUCCGCGCCCGCAGAGAACGAGAGCGGCACUGGCUCCGACGACGCCACCCCCAGUGCUCUGACCUCCGCCUGCGAGUUCGACAGCUGCCCAGCCGGCAGCCCCGCCUACGGCUACAACGCCUCGCAGCCGCGCUUCAACUACGUCAACUCCUACCCAGUGACCGCCAUCAAAUACGGCAUCAACACCCUUGCCUCGAAGUACUUCUCGGGCUCCGCUCCGGACCUGGCCGUCACCGGUCCAAAUGUCGGCUCGAACCUCGGCUGGGAGGUGUUCUUUUCCGGGACCGUCGGUGCGGCCACUUACGCGGCCAACACAGCGGGGAUUCCCGCGAUCGCUUUCUCAGGCGCCACCGGCUCGCAGACGGCCUGGAACGUCUCCUCUGUGCCCCUGUACAGCGAAGUCUACGCGCAACUGGCGACCAAGUUGACCGACGAGUUGAUUGCGGGCGGCACCCCGUACCUGCCGGAUAAUGUGUGGUUGAAUGUGAACUUUGGCGCCGUGACGGAUGGGGAAAGUUGUACGACGGCGGACGACUUCAAGUUUGUCCUGUCGAGAAUUCACACUGCGAUCCCCUUGAUCACGGCGGAUGAUGUCGAGACGUGUGGAUCCACGCGUCUGCCCACGGAAACCACAGUCGUGGACACAGACGGGUGCUAUGCGAGUGUGUCGGUCGGAGUAGCCAGCGAUAAGUUGGAUGCGGAUGCCACAGUGCAGGCGGUGGUCUUGGACCGGUUGAGCAGCUUGUUGACUUGUUUGUAAGUUCUAGGACUGGG